UGCUGCUUGCUGUUCAGGGUGAGAGAGAGGAGAUCGGUCGAAAUUCUGGGUGGGUAAGUGGGGGAUUCUUGGCGAUGAGCAAGCGGGGAUUUAGAAGCGGGAGCGGAAAGCAGCAGCCCCCCGCCCCCACCCUGUCGGUCCCCCUUACUCUCCACCCCUGACCUCCCGCGGAGACCCCAGGCGGCAGCAUCAAUAUUUCAUCGGCCCUUUGCCAGCGCUCUGCCAGCACUCGCCUGUGGGGCUCGCCAGGCAGCGUCCUCGCUUCGCUGAAGCCGGCGUGCAGCCCCGCACCGAGCUUUGGGAGGACCGGCUCUGCGCUCGUCCGCUGCCCGGGGUGGCUCUGCUUCGAGGCUCGGGCGCAGCGCCCACCAUGCGCGGCUGCCAGUGGCUCGCGCUGCUCUGCGCUCUGCCCUGGCUCCUGCGGGCGGCCGCGAAGCCCCGCAUGCCAGCCAGAGACCCUGCCAGAGGCGCGGACUUCGAUCACGUCUACAGUGGGGUGGUGAGCCUCAGCACCGAGAACAUCUACUCUUUCAACUACACCAGCCAGCCCGGCCAGGUGACCGCCGUGCGGGUGCACGUGAACAGUUCCUCUGAGAACCUCGACUACCCGGUCCUCGUUGUGGUUCGCCAGCAGAAAGAGGUGCUGUCCUGGCAGGUGCCUCUGCUCUUCCAAGGACUAUACCAGAGAAGCUACAACUACCAGGAAGUGAGCCGCACGUUAUGUCCCUCAGAAGCAACCAACGAGACAGGACCUUUGACACAACUGAUAUUUGUAGAUGUGGCAUCCAUGGCACCACUCGGUGCUCACUACAAACUGCUGGUCACCAAGAUCAAGCACUUCCAGCUGCGGACGAAUGUUGCCUUUCACUUCACUGCCAGCCCCUCUCAACCUCAGUAUUUUCUAUACAAAUUUCCCCAAGAUGUGGAUUCAGUUAUUAUUACAGUGGUAUCCGAAAUGGCUUAUCCUUGUUCUGUGGUCUCGGUCCAGAAUAUCAUGUGUCCAGUGUAUGAUCUUGACCACAAUGUGGAAUUUAAUGGUGUCUAUCAGUCCAUGACCAAGAAAGCUGCUAUCACACUACAGAAGAAGGAUUUUCCAGGCAAGCAGUUCUUUGUGGUGUUUGUGAUAAAGCCUGAAGAUUAUGCCUGUGGAGGCUCAUUCUUCAUCCAGGAAAAGGAGAACCAGACGUGGAAUCUACAACGAACAAAGAACCUUAAAGUGACCAUUGUCCCUUCUGUUAAAGAAUCUGUUUAUGUGAAAGCCAGUCUCUUCAGUGUCUUCAUCUUCUUAUCCUUCUACUUGGGAUGCCUGCUGGUUUUGUUCGUUCAUUACGUGAGGUUUCACAGGAAAUCCAUUGAUGGAAGCUUUGGUUCCAACGAUGGCUCUGGAAAUAUGGCGGUGUCACAUCCCAUUGCUGCCAGCACACCUGAAGGGAGCAACUACGGGGCAAUAGAUGAGUCGAGCUCCAGUGCAGGGAGGCCGGCCUCCUCCUCCGACGGGCAGCCGGGCCAGUCUGACACAGACAGCUCCGUGGAUGAGAGCGACUUCGACACCAUGCCGGAUAUUGAGAGUGAUAAAAACAUCGUCCGGACCAAGAUGUUCCUGUACCUGUCAGAUCUGUCCAGGAAGGAUCGGAGAAUUGUCAGCAAAAAAUAUAAGAUUUAUUUUUGGAACAUCAUCACCAUCGCUGUGUUUUAUGCACUGCCUGUGAUCCAGCUGGUCAUCACCUACCAGACAGUGGUAAAUGUCACUGGCAACCAGGACAUCUGUUACUACAACUUCCUUUGUGCCCACCCCUUGGGCGUCCUGAGUGCCUUCAACAACAUCCUAAGUAACCUGGGCCACGUACUCCUGGGCUUCCUCUUCCUACUGAUAGUCUUGCGCAGGGACAUUCUCCAUCGAAGAGCCCUGGAAGCCAAGGACAUCUUUGCCAUGGAGUAUGGGAUUCCCAAACACUUUGGUCUCUUCUAUGCUAUGGGCAUCGCAUUGAUGAUGGAAGGAGUGCUCAGUGCCUGCUACCAUGUCUGCCCUAAUUACUCCAAUUUCCAGUUCGACACCUCCUUCAUGUACAUGAUCGCGGGCCUCUGCAUGCUGAAGCUUUACCAGACCCGCCACCCAGACAUCAACGCCAGUGCCUACUCUGCCUACGCCUCCUUCGCUGUGGUCAUCAUGCUCACCGUCCUCGGAGUGGUGUUUGGGAAGAAUGAUGUGUGGUUCUGGGUUAUUUUCUCUGCCAUCCAUGUUCUCGCCUCUCUGGCCCUCAGCACACAGAUUUACUACAUGGGUCGUUUCAAGAUAGAUGUGUCUGACACAGACCUGGGAAUUUUCCGACGGGCCGCCAUGGUGUUCUACACAGACUGUAUGCAGCAGUGUAGCCGGCCUCUGUACAUGGAUCGAAUGGUGUUGCUCGUCGUGGGGAACCUGGUUAACUGGUCCUUCGCCCUCUUUGGACUGAUCUACAGACCCAGGGACUUUGCAUCCUACAUGCUAGGCAUCUUCAUCUGCAACCUGCUGCUCUACCUGGCCUUCUACAUCAUCAUGAAGCUUCGCAGCUCGGAGAAGGUUCUCCCGUUGCCGCUCUUCUGCAUCGUGGCCACUGCUGUGGUGUGGGCAGCCGCCCUGUACUUUUUCUUCCAGAGUCUCAGCAGCUGGGAGGGGACCCCCGCCGAAUCCCGAGAGAAGAACCGCGAGUGCAUCCUGCUGGAUUUCUUUGAUGACCAUGACAUCUGGCACUUCCUCUCUGCCACGGCUCUGUUUUUCUCAUUCCUGGUUCUGUUAACCCUGGAUGAUGACCUGGAUGUGGUGCGAAGGGACAAGAUCCCUGUCUUCUGAGCCUCCUGCAUGGAGAGGGAGAGAGGAGCAGUCCACCCUGGUGCUGUUUCAUGCAAACGACAGUGACUGCAGCAAAGCCACCACUGCCAGCGCUCCACUCAGCCUCCGGAGAGGCAACUCUGCCUGUGUUCCCCCGGGAGGGAGGUGGCUGGGGGCACGAAACCUCAGGAAGGCGGGCAGAAGGGAAGCCACAGCUGGGAACAGAGGCACCGAGAAACACCUGUCCCCUUCUGUCUGCUACUCCGUGAGUCAGACAUGGUCAGAACUGGAUCUGAGAGGCCUUCGCGCCCUCCCCUGAGACUCGCUGGCAAUGGCAGACUGCUGCUGCUCCUCUCCUGCCAGCUGCCGCCGUGUCAGGCCAGCUCCUUGGAUCUCCCACCUCCCUGACACCUGCUGCUCCGGGCUUCCCAAAGCACCAGCUCACUUCUCUAAGGUCCUCAGAGGAUGGGAUUGCCCGCGUGGAGUGGAGAGGUGGACCCAAGUAGGAUAGAUGUUCUGGGGGUACCAGCUGGUUACCACUUCUGGAGGAAUGUCCAGUGUUUCCUCCAGGUUCCUACUGCCAUUAGGAGACUUGAGGUUGGACUCUGGGACACAUACACCUUUGAACAGGUGACUGUCACUGUCUCCAGAAUAGGGAGAGCGGCCCUAUUCCCUAGUGUCUUUGCUACGUUGCUGCGUGUUGAGCCCUCGCUCUUGAAAAGGCCCUGUUGCUCCACAGACUUCCAUCAGUUUCAAGACAGAUGGGGCGUGGCCGGCAGUGCUAAGCGACUGGAAACAUGGACAUCAAGCGGGCAGACCUCACCCGAGGGACUGGGACUGCUCAUGCAAAUCAGCCAAGGGCACGGUGCUUACUUGGCUCUCCCAUUUGCGCACCACAAUCCUGCGCCUACGUCACCUUUGUGGAGGGAAUGAGUGUUCUGACAAGGGGCUCUCGUCGGGGACUUCGUGACUGAGCCCCGUGCCUGUCACAUCAUGUAGAUCAGGGUUCCAGACUUUCUCCCUGGAGUCCUCAGAAGGAACUAUCAGGAUGAGCACAUCUUCCUCUUCCUCUCUCGUUGUCCAGGGUACAGCGAAUGUGAUAUCGUCCACUGAUUGAGCCUGGCUCAUUCCUGCAGUGAGGUGUUGAGAAGCCCAGCGGCCAUCUCUGUUUGCACACUGUCUGGCGGCUCCUCCUCCGAGAAGUCCCAUUUUGACCAAGCUGUCCUGCUGCCUGGAGCAUGACGUAAUCCGGAAACACGCACACAAGCGUGCACACACGUUUGUUUGCUGGCGAGACUGAAGUCCCCUCUCACCUCUUGUUUCGUGAUCAUUUGUCACAGAAAGGGAUCAGGCAUUCUUUUUAAAAAAAAAAUCAUUGUCCUUUCUUUAAAACACUUGUCUAAUGUUCAGAAACACUUUGUGCAAAUUCAAAGAGCAAGUGUUUCCAGAUUUUUAAACACACAAAGUUGCUUUCCCUGAAAUAGUUUGUGAUUUUUUUUUUCUAAAAUGACCUCAAAUUUGUCAUUGGUCUUCUGUUAUUUUUUCCUUAAGAAAUCUCUGGCUUCUGUCUGGAUGAAGGCCACCAUUUCAGUGGUUGUAUCAAUCUAACUUCUAAAACAGUUUUCAAACCUG